AUGCAAAAUUUCGUUAUUUUUUUGGCAGUGCUCGUUGAAUUUUCAGCACAAUUUUGUUAUAGAGAUGACGUCGAAAUUAAAGGAAGGUGAGAGUAGAAUUAUAUAGGCUUAUUUGUGUUUUUCAUAAGAUGUUUCAAUUUCAACACGAGAACUACGGGCUGGAAGAAUGCAUCAAUUCUAUGCCAGUCAUGGGGAUAUAAUCUGGCAAGUAUACACAGUGAAGAAGAGAAUAACCUCAUCUCAGGUUAGUUUUACACAUAAAUGUACUUGUGCACUCCAACCACUCAAUUAUCACACAGAAGCGGCAAAAAAGUUUUUCACUGUUUCAAGCCACAAUUUCUACUGGAUAGGACUCCAUUAUGCAUCUGACGGUUUUGAAUGGGAAGAUGGUUCACCAGUUGAUUAUUACAAUUGGGCUGAAGGUAGUCCAAAUUCAAAUGAAUAUGUGAUGAUUCGAACUGAUCGAGAUCAGUGGCAAACCACAGGGGGUUUGUGGCAGAAAACAUUUGUUUGCACAUAUUAUCCUUAUGGUUAUACGACCGAAAAGAUAUCUUGUGAUUUAUACGAUAUUAUUAUAAAUAACCGAUGUUAUAGUUUCAAUCAAGCUAUGCUAUCCUAUGAAGAUGCAAGUAAUGAAUGUCAGAAAUAUGGGAAAACUUUGGCAAUUUUCGACAAUUUAACUCAAAUAAAAACCAUAUCCUGUAAGUUAGUAUUUCAAGGUUUUGCUAUUUACAUAGAUGUCUUCAGCCUAUGCACAAACAAAGUUUCAAUCGACGUUUGGAAGUUUUUGGAUAGGCCUACAGCGCGAUAAUUCUUCAACACCAUUUUUAUGGGAAAAUGGAGAGUCUACAAGUUUCACGAAUUGGUAUUCAGGUUAUCCGUAUUGUGGGCAAUUAGUUGCUGGACAAGAUAUUUCGAAUACAAAGUGGAGGACCUUUUCAGAAGAUACGCAAUUAUUUUCAGUUUGUAGUGGAGUAGUUUCGUGA